AUGAGCAUAUUUUUCAGAUCUCUUCAAGAAUUUCGAGGACAUAACGCAAAGGGUUACCGUGCAGAAAUAUUCUUGGAAAGUGAUGAAUCAAGAAGGCCUUAUGGUACUUCACCCUUGAACCCAUGGCAGGUCCAUGUCAAGAUAGGAAGCACAACACUACUUGUGGGCGAACUUCGAGAUGACGAUGAUAGGUUUGGUCAGGAUCUGUGUGACACAUGGCGCAAUAGUUGGUUUGGUCGAUCGGAAAACAAAGAGGAAACAGGAGCAGCAACCAUUCCGGUGACGAGUGAUUGCUGUUGCCAUCCAGUUCCCUCUCAUAUUGCCGUGUUAAGAAACAUCAAUCAUUAA